UCACACGUGCUAUAUGCGUCUUACUCUGCGCUUAGCCUAAGGGUCGUUGUCUGAAGUCGAGUACACGACUGGCGGAAGAUUUAGGAGCGCGACGCCUUCAUUCUGCGUUGCGCGCUCUGUGAUGAUAGGGUCGACUAUAAAUACCGCCAUAUGUCGCCAACAGCGCCAUAGACACACACAGCAGACUGCGAUGCACGGUUCUGGACUGCACCUUCUUCCGCUGGCGGCGCUGCUGGCAUCGGCAGCGGCCGCCUUCUCCUACAGGGGUGUCCUCCAGAAAGAGCUGAACCACCAGCAGGUGAAGACUGGGACUGCUGUUGGUGGCCAAUCAGGGAUAUCAUUCACGGAAUACCACCGCUACGACGAGAUCCGGCGGUACCUCUCAGACUUGGCAUCGAACUAUCCCAGCUUGGUGACGGUGCAGUCCAUAGGCCAGACUUACGAGGGUCGGCCCAUCGAUAUGAUCCAGGUGUCGUCUGGAAAUGGUGCCAACAGCUCCGCACCAGUCAUCCUGGUGGACGCGGGCAUCCACGCCCGCGAGUGGAUCGCGCCUGCAGCAGCUCUCUACGUCAUCCAGCAGCUGGUCGAGAAUGCGACGCAGAGCGCUCUUGCAGACAGCAUCGACUGGCACGUCAUACCGGUGCUCAACCCUGAUGGAUAUGAGUACACCUUCACAACGGAGCGACUGUGGAGAAAGACGCGAUCUCCAACAUCUGGUGAAUGCGUAGGAGUGGAUGCGAACAGGAACUUUGACUUCCAUUGGAUGGAGGUAGGUGCUAGUGACGACCCGUGUUCGACUACCUACGCAGGUGCUGAAGUUUUUUCCGAGCCCGAAACGAGGGCUCUGAGGGAUUACAUUCUGGCGAACGCCGAUCGCAUCAAGCUUUAUCUGACGUUCCACAGCUAUGGACCUCUGAUACUUUACCCGUGGGGAUACACCACCGAGCCGCCUGAAGACUGGGAAACACUGGACGCGCUGGGGAGACUCGCCAACGCCGCGCAGGUAGCAGCCGGAGCUCCCAACUACACAGUGGGGACUUUCGCGGGCGCCAUGUACGCAGCCGCCGGCACCAGCGCUGACUGGGCGAAAGCGGUGGGGGGUGUGGCGCUGUCGUACACACUGGAGCUUCCAGAGGGCGGCGACGCCGGCUUCGACCCCCCCGCGUCCGACAUCGUUGGCAUCGUGACGCCCUUCUUCGAAGCGGUCCGAGCUUUUGGUCAGUACGUCGCCGACAACUUCGGGAGGAGCCGCUUGAGUGCUUGACUGAACAGCUCCGUGUGGUGCAGGUGUUCUCCCCUACAAGUUGCACAAAAAUUUGCCAAUAAAUAUAAUAAAUAUAUGUGAUAUAAAAAA